AUGGGAAACGCCAGCACGAAGGAGUCGCGCGGCGGCGAUGGAAGCCACCGCAGCCACCACGGCGCCUCUCAGCCGGGUGCCACCGGUUCUUUACAUGCAGACAGGUCGCCAGGACGGCGGAAUCGGCUGAGCCGCGGUGAUUUGGGUGUCCUAGGCCUGGUGGGAGGCUCGAGCUCCCAUAGCGAGCAUCAUCAUGAGCGCAGAGAGACAAAACAAGAACGGGAAGCCCGCAGACUGGAGAGGGAAAGAGUCCAGCGGUUGGCGGAAAGAGAGCGGAGCAUGAAGGAGGAGAACGUCGAUGGUGGAUUUCUCGUUACCAUGGGAACAUACGUUGGUGUCGAAGACUUCAACAAGCAGAUUGUUCGGCAAUUGCAGAUCGAAAGAAAAAUCGCCCCUUUCUGGCGAGGUUUGAACGACCUUGAUGACCAAUGGACAGAACCUCAAAUUAUUGCCGCAGCACGCGGCCUGCCGAUUCCAGCUGCCGAUGAAGUACCGCCUGACGAGCUGAUUCCCCGUCCUUUGUCAGCAAACGACCAUACGGAAGGCUCCCGGAAUAUAAACAGCCUCAUGGUUCCGAUCGCUGGCCGUACACAGUCUACAACGUCGGAACACAGCAUGUCUAACCCAGGCUCUGCGCUUCCUUCUCCCAUCUCCAGCCAGCCCGCUAGAACGAGCUCCCCUUUUAGACCGCGUGGCAAAGCUCUCGCCGCCGUGCUCGGCGGGAACUCUCGAAAUGGCUCGACGACUGAGAUUGUGCCCCGCGAAAUCAACAUUUCCAAUGACCCGUUUGUCAAUGGACAACCCAUCGAGGUGUUCCUGUACAAGAAUGCCACCGAGUGUCCGAUCUGUUUUCUGACCUACCCGCCAUAUCUCAACCAGACGCGGUGUUGUGGACAGGCUAUCUGCAGUGAGUGCUUCGUUCAGAUUAAGCGACCUGAUCCGCAUUUUCCCGAGGGGCAUAACGAGAACGACCCAAACCACAACCCCGAAGAGGCGGCCGGGAUGUUGGUAUCAGAGCCCGCCUGCUGCCCCUAUUGUACUCAACCAGAUUUCGGUGUAACAUACGAUCCGCCACCUUUCAGACGGGGCCUGGCAUAUUCUAUCGCUCCCGCAGCUCUGUCAUCCAUGAGCACCGCCAUGUCGUCCAGCAGCUCUGUAAACUCGGCUUCUCUGUCGCCCCCCGCGGGGGCUGCUGGCGGGGGCCGGCGAAGGACUCAGUCUCUCUCUGCAACCAGCCCAAAUGUUAUCUUGACAGACCGUAUCCGACCAGAAUGGGCAACCAAACUCCAAGCUGCGCGUGCUCAUCAAGCAAGACGAGCUGCUGCUGCCACCGCUUUGCACACUGCGGCAUUCAUGAUGGGGAAUACUGAGAGUCGGGCGUUUCGGAGUCGUUUUGGGCGAAGAAACACGGGCGGUUCGGGAUCGACGGGAGCUCCCUCAGGGGGGCAGAAUAACGGCGAGGGAGACAAUGGCGACAGCGGCUCCGCAACGCCUGCGGGUGAUGCCGACUCCUCAGGUCAGCGGGGUAAUCGUGGCGGAACAUCCAGCAACGUUGUCUCUCCACGCAUGCGCGCUGAAGAGCUCGAGGAGAUUAUGGUCAUGGAGGCUAUCCGUUUGUCGCUCGCCGAAGAAGAGGAGCGGAAACGGAAAGAAGAGCUUGAAAAGGCCAAGCAAAAAACAAAAGAGGAGAAUAAGCCAACACAGGUGGGUGGCGGGCCUUAUGAUGACGGUACAGGAAACAGCCAAGCAAGCGCAAGUAGUCUGAGCGUGGAGAGGAAGCGAGGAAACAGUGCUUCUAGCAACCUUCGUGUGGAGGCCAGCGUCACAAAUGCGCUGGCAACGACUGCUGCAGCUGCGUCAGGUUCAGCAGCUGAUGAUAACACCAAGGACAAGGGCAAGGCCGUAGACCGCAAUAGACCCAUCACUUCUGAUGGUUCUUCCGCCACCGCUGCCUCCCGACCAGUCCUGGCGACUCACCAACCUGCAGGCCCAUCCCACCUCAGACAAAUGAGCAGUGCCUCCUCAGUCUCUUCCUCUAUCCUUGACAGCCAACCUAGCAGCUUUACAUCGCCAUCCACCGCUCAAGAUCCGCGCGGAAGCGGUCUCAGUCUUGAAAGUCGUUCUGCCACCGAGGAAGGCGAGUGCCAAGAGAGUGACCGUGAUCCUAGCGCCAGCACUGAGCCCUUGCUCAACUUCAGAAGUCUAGCGGAAGUGGUCGGGGUCAGUCUAGAGGGCGAGAACGCCGGAAGGCGACUGAGUCAAAUCGAGUUGGAGAAGAGCAAACGCUCAGAAGAGCCCCAACAAAAGGCGACUACAACAGAACAAGCCGGAGGAAACUUGUUGGCCGAGGCAGCACAGAAUGGAGCUGCUCAGAAGCAAACUGGGGAAGAAAUCGAGAGGGAACUACUGCACCUAGAAGCGCCCAGCACUUCGGAUCCGUCGCUUCCACCUAAGGUGAUGGUUACACCCGACACUCCCGCAGUCGAGAUUGGCGAGGAUUCGAAGCAACUUGGCUACCAGACAACGACUGUGGAGCGCACUCACCAACUCACGCAAUAG